CCCACCGCUCUCGGCGACGCUGCCAGCAGCAGCGCCGACCCUUUGAUACCGUCCGAGUCUGCCGGCUGCCUCACGAUGCACUUCGAGGCGCACCCCACGCUCGGUGCCGUGCUGCGAAUGGAGGCGGCGUCCGCGCCCAUCACCGACGAGGCCAUCGACCUCCUCGAACGCUACUCGCUGCGGGCGUGCGAGCGCGGCGAGAAGUUUGGGGUCCUCUGGGACCUGCGUCAGUGCCAGGUGCCCGGGAUGCGGCAGACGUGGAGGUGCAUCCGCUGGGGCACCGAGCACAAGGCGACUCUCGAUGCGCGGAUGGAGACGCUGGCUGUGCUGUUGGGCGAGGACGACCGACUUCUCUCCUCGGUGGUCGGGUUCGUGCUCAAGGUCUGCCUGCCGGCGGUCCCGACUCUGGUCAGCAACGACGUGGCGGCCGUCCGCCGGCAUUUCGGCUUGGAUGCGGCUGAGCCGCAGCGAGAGGCGCUUGCAACGUAAAUUCUCACGGCAGGCGCCGGUCGAGGCACGCGACGUGCGAGCAAGCUGCCCCGCCCGCCCUCUAGAUGUGGAUGCACGCACACGCACAUGCACAUGCUCCACCGUGCGUGAGCUGUGAAAGCUGUGACGUGCUGUGAGCUGAGGGUCCGCCCGCAGGCGCCCGGGCGCAUUGCUGUUCCGAGGCCGCGGUGCCCGCGCCGAGCUUUAGGGGACUCGGGCCUUAAGGCAGCUUUGUGAAUCCAUGGGCGCGAGUUCGUCAGUAUCCGCCCUCUCUGGGUACCCUGGGGCGUGAGAGGGCCAGGGUGUCACACUGAGACCGCUCCUCUCAA